GAUUAGGAACGUCACGUAAGUUGCUAACGCGUUAACUAACUCCAAAAAUGCGGUUCUUCUUGUCAUUAAAACCGUGGCAAAAUUGCACAAAGGUACGGAGUCGCAAUUUGCAAUAUUUACCCGAAAUGUCCGCUAAUUCACCCCCCGGGAAAAGUGACGGAGAUGACUCCGUUGAGAGAGCGAGCCCGCCAAACCCUAUAGAAACCCUAGGUGCGAGGAUUCGGGACCUGGAUGUGGACUCUAUCCGGCGAUAUUUGGCCCAAAAACUUGGUUUCUACGAGGCUCCGGAGCCAUCGGCACCGGCCGAGAAAGUUUUGGAUGAAGUAAAUUUGGACGGGAUCGUGAAAUGGAUAAAAAGUGAUAGAUGCAAGAAUAUCAUAACAUUAUCAGGAGCUGGUAUAUCUACCGCCGCUGGUAUUCCAGAUUUCCGUAGCCCCUCCACGGGCUUGUACCAUAACCUGCAAAAGUACGAUCUACCAGAGCCGCAAGCAAUCUUCGAGAUUAACUUUUUCCGGCAAAAUCCUAAGCCUUUCUUCAUGCUUGCUAAAGAACUUUUCCCGGGGAAGUUCAAGCCAACCGUAUCACAUUACUUCAUUAAAAUGUUGCACGAUAAAGGUCUUCUUCUCCGUCAUUACACACAGAACAUCGACACAUUGGAGCGGGGAGCUGGGAUCCCUGAAGACAAGAUUGUGGAGGCCCAUGGGACAUUCUACACAUCCCACUGUCUUGACUGCCGCAAGGAAUACUCCCUAGAGUUUAUUAAGGAACGCAUAUUCGCAGACCAAAUCCCCAUCUGUACGGAGUGCCCAGGAGUGGUGAAGCCUGACAUUGUGUUCUUUGGAGAGAGUCUCCCAGAGCGGUUCCAGAGUUGUCUGCAGGAAGACUUCCAGCAUUGUGACAUGCUCAUCAUAAUGGGAUCCUCGCUUGAAGUGCAGCCGUUCGCCUCGCUUAUUGAUAUGGUACCGGAAUGGUGUCCGCGCUUGCUAAUCAACCGCGAAAAGGCGGGCGUGAGGCCCCCGCUGCUGCGGCUUUGGGGGCUCAUGGGCGGAGGGCUGCAAUUUGACGAGGAGGCCUCCAGAGACGUGGCUCGACUUGGAGAUUGCGAUGACGGGUGCCAGGAGCUGGCUGAUAAGCUGGGUUGGGGGGACGAGCUCCGCGCGCUGGUGCGCCGCGAGCACGAGCGGCUGGAGCGCUCGGGCGGGCUGGCCGCGCCGCACGCGCCCGUGCACGCGCGGCCCGCGCCCGACGACGCGCUGCCCGGGCCCAGCCCGCCCGGGGAGCCGCAGCUGUGAGGCGCUGGCCGGCCGCUACGGAGCGAUGACAGACAGGCUCAUGUGACACGUCAAUAUUUACAUACGAACCGACAAAGAUCUUCUAGCACGCGGCAACAAUCGGAACUAACGCCGCAUCCUAUGAAAAGGUUUGAGUUAUGAAUGGAGAAUGUAUGGAGAUGUUGCACACCAGCGCCCUCCUGUCCUCCAUCCAUGUGCUAUAAGAUCCUUGUCGACCUAUACGCCCUACUUAAGCGCAGACCUCCUUUCGACCGGAAAGAACAUACUCCUUCACCCUGGUUCACUGUAACACGUAAGUUUACUCACUAAACAGUGAGAAUUUGUAUUUAUGAAACAAGAAUUAUAACACCACAAAAAAUAGUAAAGUUAUUGUAACGUAAAUUAUUUAAAAAAAAAUAGUAAAAUGCAAAACGUAUCUGUUCCACUCUAACCAUAAUAGAGGUUCCAAAAGAGGCAUCCAAAAACAGGUUCCAAAAAGAGGUUUAAUAAUCCAUAAUUUGUUACUUAAAGUAACGCGUUUAGUGUUACAUUUCUCGAGGGUUUUUUAUAAAGCUUAUGAUUUAAUUAAUUUAAUCUGAUAAUAUUUAAUGAGGACUUUCCAAGCUAUGUCCUACAAAAACAAUAUAAAGUUGUAAAGAUUUUCUUUCAUAUAACUUCAAUUUCAUGGAUAACAGAUAUAUGCUUAUUUCAUCUUUGUUUUUGUGUAUAAAUGAUAACCCUUUUUUAUACCCAGGCACAGCACAUCUUCCACCCAUUAUUAUUCUGCUCAAAAUAGAGAGAAGCCUGUAUGGCUUUAUGGUAGCAACAUAAUUCUAUACAUAAUCUGAUCCAAAUAUCAAGCAACAAUUGUUUUAUAUAUGCUUAUGUCGUUACAUUGUAUUUUUGAAUAAUUAUGUACCUGAGAAAUGAGAAAAUAGGUAAUUACCGCUUUCUCCCCACGAUAGAAGAAGACCACUUUAAAUCUCAACAGCGCAAUCUGUUUUUUUUUUUGGUUAUAGCAAUGGGUCGCUUAGGAAUACGACCAUUCUGCCAGUGUCGAAGUGAUCAGAAAACAAACUGAAAAAAAAUGACAGGUUGAAUAAUUUUAAACUGUAGGUAGAGAGCUAAACCUCGAGUUUAUUAUGUUAGGAGAAAAUAGGUAAUUACCGCUUUCCCCCCACGAUAGAAGAAGUAGACCACAUUAAAUCUCAACAGCGCCAUCUAUGUUAUUUUUAAAGAACGUAGCCUGGAAAGUCCCUCAUUGGUGUACGCGGAAUAUUAGUGUUGCCAGAAUAAAUAAUUAAAAAAUAAAAAGUAGCUUUAUAAAAUAUACCUGAAUGGGAGUGUAAAUAAUAAGGUCGCGAUAGAGUAAUGAAUGUCUAGUACUUCACAACACGGUUUUGUUUAAAAUGUAAAUACAUUUACAUUAAAAAAAUUGGUGAAAAAUUGAGUUAUAAAGGCAAUCAAUAAAUGGAAACCACGCAAAAAAAAUUGUCAAAUAUCUCAUGCAUUUUUUGUAAUUUGUUCACUUUUAGACGCUGUAAGACAAGCAGAAAUAAUGUCGAUACCUAGUUACAUACAGAACUCGCCCGAGAUCCUUAAUAGGAUGGGCAGAGAAACGCAUUCGCCAAUGUAUUCCAACUCCUUAAGUUUAUAAUCAUAUUGACGUAGUUUUCCGCCUUUAUAGUGUAGAAACUUCAUAAC